UUAAAAAUGUCGAUAAAAGGGACUACCUUCAUGGAAUUUCUGCUGGAAAGCCACCCAAGACGAUUAAGAAGUAAACUCCAAGAGGAAGCAUUAGUGCACACAGAAUUGUUGAAUUCGUACUGUGAGGAAGAUAUUAAGAAACUUGUUUAUAAAGCAAGAGGAUUGAUGAGAGCUGUUAAAAGGACACAUUUAGUACCUCAAGACAUCACCCGAGCGAAUUACUGACUCAACAAUAGUACAACUAUCCUUUACCAGCCUCUAGAUUGAUAUAAAUACGUUGAGACAAGAGAUGGCCUUGAUUACUGCCUCCAGGAUUUAGAAAAGAUAUCUCUGGAUAGCGUACCAGACCCAUUAGAAAUCACUAACACUGGUGAGGUUCCUUUAUUUCCUUUGAAUCCAACGCUUGAUUGCCAUUUUGCACUGAUUGAUGGAAAAUAAGGUUGAAAUCCCUGAAACCCAAGAGGCUCCUGUGACUGAGGAAGAAGAUGAACUCUCACCAGAGAUAUGGAAGGAACAUCUAGAAUGAUUUCAUAAACCCUCACAAAUAAUCCCAGUUAUAGUAUGUACAAAAGCAAAAGAAUUUUAUGAUAAAUUCUUAGAAUCGCUUGUAGGUUAUAAAUCUCCUCCUUGGCCAAGUGCUAGGGAAGAAGAUAUUCCAAAAGAGUUUGAUCAGAUUUGAGGCCAACUAGUGAAGCAUUCCUACCUCUUACCCUUAAUUCCUAAGUUGCUCUAGAACUCCUCAAGGAUUUAACUGUUUACAACCCGGAUAAAGGGACUAUAUCUACUCAAAUCAGUGAUUUGAGCACUCUUCAGGCUCCUUGGAUUCCUGAUAUGGAUCUUGUAGCUAAAAUAUUGUACAAAAUAAUAAGCUUGUGAAUUGAUCACAGGGCAGAAGACAAUGAUGGCUUUCGGACAAGUACCUAUCGCAGAUUCUUUGUAGAAGCUUUGCUUGAUCAGAUCCUACCUAUCCUCUAUCAUUUCCUCAUUGGAGGUGCUUCCAAUGAGCCUAAUGACUGAGACGACCCUAAGCAGAGUCCAGGCUGGAAGCAAGCAAAGGCUUGCUUUAAACUCCUGUACUUCCAUUUUGGCAUCAAAUACCAGUCUGCGUUUAACCAGGUUUUGCAAGAUGUUAAAAUCGACUAAAAAAUUUUGAGGAUUUCAACAGUGAUA